GUCAGGCAGCAAACAUCUUCGCAUCUGUUCGCAUCAGAUACAAUAGUGGAAAUCCCAUACUCAUUCCUCUUCACGGCGAUUUUUUACGAAAUCAUUCCGGCAUAGUUUGUACUCGCGUCAACACCGAAUUUCAUACUAAAGCGGCGCUUACAGUGGUGACUUAAAUCUUGAAUCUCAAAUCUAUAUAGAAAUAACAUUUCAGUAUGUAUAAUAUCAGAGUGGCAGUAAUGUUGGUUUAUAUGUUCUGCUUGGUGUUAGUAGCGAAUUGCUAUGGACUAAAUCCAUCCAAUCCAUUAAGGAACGACAUUGAAGUUGUUUACCAAUGGAAAGUACUUGAGUACGGGUUUCCAACCGAAACUGAUCGUCAAACUGCCAUAGCAAAUGGAAAUUUAGUAGCAAUUAAUGGAGUGCCAAUCGAUGUUAUGCCUGUAUAUUCAAAAUCGAACUCCAGACUAUUUGUUACCAUACCACGGUUCCAAGGUGGAAUACCCUAUUCACUAGCCACGGUAAUUGCUCGUAAUCGUGGAGGCCCGAUUUUACAGCCUUAUCCGAGCUAUGAUUUGCACAAUAGUCAUGGAACAAAUUGUGAUGGCAUCACAUCGGCUUUCAGAGUUGCGUUGAAUGAAUGCAAUCAAAUGUGGGUAAUCGAUUCGGGCAUAAUUGGCAGUGAACAAAUGUGUCCACCACAGCUGCUGCUGUUUGACUUAAACACAGAUACACUAUUACAUCGAUUUCGUUUUGCUAAUAAUACUUACAUACCCAGCGCUUCGUUAUUUAUAACGCCCGUUUCGGUUGUAAGCGAUCCACCGCCACGUGGAAGUUGUAAAAAUUCCAUGGUUUAUGUGGCUGAUGUUUCCUACCAUGGACUUGUUAUAUACAAUUAUGCACAAAAUAUGGCUUGGCGUGCAGAAAAUAAAUUUAUGUACCCUGACCCUGAUUAUGGCACACAUACCAUUGCUGGCGAAAGUUUCAAUCUCAUGGAUGGCAUAUUUGGUAUGGCCAGCGAUAAGAAAAAUUUGUAUUUCCAUCCUUUAGCCAGCAAAUCGGAGUAUUCAGUGCCGUUAAGUGUAUUAGAUAAUCGUGCUAAUUGGGAAAAUAAUUUAGAAUCUUCACCAAAUGAGUUCAGAUCAUUGGGCAAAAGAAAUAGCGAAUGUGCUGCAGAGGCAAUUGAUAGUAUAGGAAAUAUCUACGGCGUCACACUUAAUCCAAUCAAAUUGUUAAGUUGGAAUGUUAACACACCUUAUCAAGCAAAAUAUUUCCGAGAAUUCCUGUAG